AAUAAUAUUGUAGCAUUUCCGCUUCGUGUUCACUGUUAUCUUUACAUGAAAUUGUUGCAAUCGCGUGUUUGAAUUUACCAAAAGUCUUAGUCCAAAAACUAGUGUUUCAGUAUUAAAUGCCUCAGUUUGAAAUUAACUGUCGAAAUAGUACAAUGAAAAUUUACUUGUUGAUUUUUCAUUUAAUUUUAAUAAACUUGAACGGCAGUACCGUCACUGCAGAUGACGAGCCAGACUAUAAAUUGAUUUUAGAUGCAGUGACAGCAGAGAAAGAAGAUGACGAUGUAGCUAAAAUUAAAGUAGAGCUGGACAAAAGCGAGGAUCUCGUGAAAAUCAGUGGUCAAGCAGAGCUAUUUGUUGAUUUGGAUAAUACAUGGCAGCUGAAGAUUGUAUUGAAAGGUGCAGGCGAUUCGAAUGAUGAGUACAAAGAUCUAAUAGCGCUGCCGCUAUUGGGUGUUUGUGAUUUUAUGAAUUUUUAUUACAAAAUCUAUCUUUACGAUUCGUUGGUCAAGUAUUCGAAUGCACCUUCGCCAGCCGAUUGUCCGGUUGUAAGGGACACCUACAUUCUAAGCGAAUAUCCUUUGAUUUUGGACAAAUUUCAAAAAUUCCUCCAUCCUGGAUUCUACAGCGUCGAGGCAAUUCUGUUUCACGAAGAUGAGGAGAAAUUCAAAUAUCGCAUAGAAGGUCGUGUAAUAGAGGAACGAUAAACCAGAUCAUAAUCCAUUAAUUAAGCUAUUUGCGCUUCUUACAAUAUAUAAUCUAUGUAAUAUGCCUAGUUUUGAAGUUUGCGACACGCUACGUAGUUACGGGCUAGUUGGUGCAGUAUCAUUACUAAAUUCCUUCAGGCAAAAUUAAUGAAUUCAUUUGUGAAUAAAAUAUAAAUAUGUAAAAUCCUUUUGA